UUCCUUCUCUCUUCCACGUAGUUUGCCACACUGCUGAUAUUUCUCUGACCAUGGGUCUAAUCACUGGGCUUUAUUCAUUCUUCUACAACCUCCCGACGAUUUAUAAGUGGCUCUUGCGACCAUAUUAUUUAUUAUCUUUUUUGCUGUCUAUUGCUUUUCUUGCUGUUAGGAAAUGCCCAGGACUGUGUGAGCACUUACCGUCUCAAAGAGAAGAUGGCAACUCGUGUGACUUUGACUGGAGGGAGGUGGAGAUCCUCAUGUUUCUCAGUGCUAUAGUCAUGAUGAAGAACCGCAGAGCAAUAACUCUGGAGCAGCAUAUAGGGAACAUUUUCCUCUUCAGUAAGGUGGCCAACGUGGUGUUGUUCUUCAGAGUGGACCUGAGAUUCGGCCUCCUCUAUAUCACAUUAUGUGUUGUGUUCCUGAUUACAUGUAAACCUCCCAUCUACAUGGGCCCAGAGUACAUCAAAUACUUCAGCGACAAAACCAUAGAUGAGGAACUGGAAAGGGACAGUCGAAUAAUGUGGCUUGUCGAGUUUUAUGCCAACUGGUCUCCCGAGUGUCAGUGUUUCGCCCCCGUAUUUGCUGACCUCUCACUGAAGUACAACUGCUCUGGUCUCAAAUUUGGAAAAAUAGAUAUUGGACGAUAUGCAAGUGUUGCAGAGAGGUAUAAAGUAAGCCCCUCUCCACUCUCCAAGCAACUGCCCUCUCUGCUGCUGCUUCAAGGUGGACGGGAGAUCAUGCGUCGCCCUCAAGUGGACAAGAAGGGGAGGGCUGUGAGUUGGAGCUUCACAGAGGAAAACAUAAUUCGCGAGUUUAACCUGAAUGAAACUUUCGAGAAGUUUAAAAAGCUCAAGGGCCGGAGUGAGAAGAUAGAAGAGUUGGGGUCCCUUCCACAGGAAAACCAUGAUGAACAACAACCAAUCAGAACAUUGGAGGAGGAGACAGAGAGCAAGAAAGACAAAUAAAAGAGCCCACAGUUUACAUUAAUAGAAGACUGGA